AAUUUCAUAAUUUUGUCGAUUAUAACAUCCUCCAAGUAAACUGGUUUAGGCUUGGGUCGUUGAAAUUCACAAUUUGCCAGCAGUAGAGCAGUUUGCGAAGGAAACGAGGACUCGACUCCCAAGGAUAUGCAUACAAGAUUAUCUCUUAGAUAUUCUUCGCAUAAAUGCAUACAAGUUAUCUUAAAUUUUGUAGAAGAAAUUCUGAGGGAUAUGCACAUUGGUUCUUAAAUCCUAGAUAUCAGAUGGGCGAGCCCAUUACAUAUCCCUUUCAUUCAAUUUGGUAUGAUAUUUCUGGUGCCGGCAAUCUGAAGGGGAAUUGUUAGUUUUUGUUGCAUGGAAAUGGACGAGUUGAAUGGAAAAUAUCUGCUAAUCUAGAUAUGCCCCAUGCGCCUGUUUUUUGUUUCAUCGCAUUGGAUAUUUAACAACAGAUGGACUCGAUCGAUUACGUAGUUUAAUUGUCAGGGUAAAUUUUAAAUUCGUGCAUGACAGAAGGUUGAUGGGGUAUAUGCAUCUGCAAGUACAUGUUCAUGAAGGGGAUGCUUGGAUGCCCAAAGAUCUUCAUGGCGUACUCAAUUUAUUUAUUUGAACUCGGUGGUUAAUUGUCACCAACCCAAUCUCAUGUCAUAUCCAUGAUAAUGAAUUCCACAACCAUAGGGUUCAACAGCAGCUAUAUUAAUAGAUUCCCGGUCUAAUUUUUCAAAGAACAUGCAGUUAACUAUUGGAGAAGCUAAUUAACAUGAGGGCUGGGUCAGUUGAAAGUUAGGCAGCUACGAAAUUUACUCUAAUAUAAUGACAAGGUCUGUCCUACCGCUUACCAAUAAAUCCUAAACAUCCUUUUCUUUUUUUUCCUUUAAAAAAGAAGUCUCUCCACGCUUGGUAUCUCCUAUUUAUAAUCCCCUGCAUCGUCCUGUUUCUAAGACGAAGUAAUGGCCGGUGCAAAUCAAGUAGCUCCUACUACUACUUGUCCCAGUACUCACACUACCGCUUACAAGACCCUGAACAGAGGCAGUCACCGCGAGAUGGAGUGCCCGGACCCCAAGUCAGCCCUGGUUCCAAGCCUCCCCACCACCCAAGUGCCUGUCGGCAAGUCAAGGCAGCCAGUCCGGCGGCCUCGCGGCCGGCCGGCUGGCUCGAAGAAUAAGCCAAAGCCGCCGAUCAUUAUUACUAGGGAGAUACCGACCGCGCUCCGAGCCCAUGCAAUGGAGGUAGCCCCAGGGUGCGACAUCUCCGAGUGCAUCGCCGGCUUCGCGCGGAGGAGGCGGCGCGGGGUGUGCGUGCUUGGCGGGAGCGGGUGCGUGACCAACGUCGCGCUCCGCCAGCCUGCUGCUACCUCCGGCCCGCCGGGCGCCUUCUUGACGUUCCACGGGCGGUUCGAGAUCCUGUCGCUGCUGGGGUGCUUCUUCCCGCCCCCGGUGCCGCCGGCUGCGGCGGCCGGCCUGACGGUCUACUUGGCGGGACCACAGGGGCAGGUGGUGGGCGGGGGAGUGGCGGGAGCUCUGAUCGCGGCCGGGCCGGUGGUGGUGAUGGCGGCGUCUUUCGCGACCGCCACCUUCGACCGGCUGCCGCUUUCGGAAGAUGAAGAUAAGGCUGCCUGCGAUCAGUAUCAACGCCAUCGCCGGGAGCAUGUUGAGAUGGCCAACUUGUACGGCGUGCCGACGGGAGUGGUGGCCUCUGCUAGCGUGGCGACGGAGGCUUAUGCAUGGGGACCAGGGCGCCAACUCGCGAAGAGUUAACGUGACCAGGAAUUUAAAUUAAGCAAAUAGUUCCUUAAUUUGAUCCAUGUCUCGGAAUCUUACAGACCUUUUCAUAGACGUGUUUGGCGAUGCGCAAACGCGAAAAAAAGAAGCUGCUGCUGAUUACAAUUAAAUGAUACUUAGUAAUUAUUUCUUCGCUUGGAAUUUGAAACCUCAUGCUGUCAUGCCGGUCUAACGAUGGCUUGAAGUUUGAAACCGGGGAUUGGCAUGCUGACUUUGAUUUAAGAGUACAAGCAUAAAAUUUUGGGCUGUAUCAUUGUCCAACUAAAGCUGUUUAUGGACUGGACUUGGAUAAAAAAAUAUCAAAUUUAAUAUAGACUUGAACCAAAAUCUGACUAAGAAUAGAGUUUAGGCUUACGUCUAACCAAUCAACAACGCUAUAGUUAUACCAUUAUCACAAUAGAGUUGAGGCUUGAGUUCUUAUGAUUAGAUUAUAACUACUAGUCAAAAUGGUUGGAAGAAGUUGAUGGUCACGGUCAUGAUUAGAUAGUAAUAAGUGAUUAUUUUUAGAUAAUGCAUAUUAAAAGAACCCAACAAAUUAGGCACAAAUUGAUCAAGUUCCUUAUCAAAAGCAGAAAUUGUUGAAGCCAUGCAGCAUGAACACCAAUAGAAACUUGAGAAUGAAAGAUUUUGUCAAAGGCUCACGGCAAAUUUCCACAUCUCGGAACUUAAUAGCUGUCCUACAUUUGACUACCGUUUUAUAUUUAGGUAACAUGCUGCAAAAAUUUACAUUUAAUCUCCGUGCAUAAUUAAGUCUAUAUCUUGGAUAGAGUUAGGCUUGUUUCUAUCUACAAUUAUCCCUUCUUUGUAUACAUUCAUAAAUAAUUUUUGAAUUAAACAUAAAAUGAUCAUCAAAACCUCAAACAAUAAAAAAUCCCCAACAUCUUUUUUGUUUCUUUUCUUUUUCACCAAAGAAAAUUUUCAUUUUCUUCACUGUUUUUUGCAUUAAAUAAAGAUAAAUAUAAAAUGACCAGCCAACAAUCUAGGAGUUCGGUCUCAAUUAUCCUAUGCUUGCCAUAGCCAUUUUUUGGAGUCAAACCUAAGUUUUGUUUUUGGAGAUCUGGUCUUUUGAUAUGCAUGCUUGGCGCAAUGGUAAGUUACAUUUCUCCAUUAUGAUAUAGAGAUCAUAGAUUCGAACUACGAAUACAGCCUCUCCGUAAUAAAGCUGUAAUACACGCCCACCAUUAGAAUGGCACAUUGUUCUCUACUUUGUUAUUUCAUAAAAUUAUAAUAUUUGGAAACUCGUGGCGCUAGUUGUGUUACCGUUAGGAUUGUUCUUGAUGCAACUUGACCGAAGUCAUCCAAUGGGAAGCGGGACCAAACACAACACAUCCCAACUGAUAGUUUGGGCUGAUUUCAGCAAAUCGAUAUUCAACUUACACGGUUUUGUUGAGGACGGAUGAAUGCUUGGACAACUUGAACCAUGAUUAAACGUCAACAGUGGAAGGCAAAUAUCGCUAUUGCCCGAGAUUAAUGGACAUUAAUUACCAACAAUCUUAAAGGCAGAAGAAACUCCUUAGGAGGAACUGGGCAGUAAACUCUAGCUCACUUGCCGGGGACAAAGUUGGUGGCGUAGGCCCAAGCGUUGUUGUUGACGGGAUCAGCCAAGUGGUCGGCCAAG